AUGGAGUUAUUUGCAAUGACUGUGAGGGGAAUUUGGCAGAGAAGAAAUAAACUAGUGUUUGAAGGUUCCUUCUUGCAUCCUACCUUACUACCCCAGAAUGCUUCUCAACAACUGGCAGAUUUCAAGGCUGUCCAGUUGGCUCCUAAUUCAACUACUAGAAUUCAUCCAAACCAUGUUGUGACAUGGAAUCCUCCCCCGGUUGGAAUUAUUAAGAUAAAUUGGGAUGCUGCAUUGUGGGAAGCUCACGAUAGAUUGAGAAUUGGAUUGGUAGCUAGAGAUCAUGAAGGUAGUAUUUUAGCUUCUAAAAUUGUGGCUAAGACUAGUUGUGUGGUUCCCUUACUGGCUGAGGCAAUAGGAGUCUUCCAAGCUGUCAUUUUUGCGUCGGAAUUGAAUCUGGAAUCAGUGAUUUUUGAAGGUGACUCUCUUCAGAUAGUCCAAGACCUUAAUCUUCACAAAGAGAGAUGGGAUAGUGUGGGACUGGUGCUUUUAGAUACUAGAACUCUAUUAUCUCGUUUUGAGAAUUGGUAG